AUGGGUAGUCACACUCAUAGCUUUUCCAGAAUAUGGAAGCAAAUGAGCGGGCAAGAUAAGUGGGAAAAAUUGCUAGACCCAAUUAACAUCGAUCUCCGGCGAUACAUUAUCCAUUACGGCCAAAUGGCUCAGGCAACAUACAACGCCUUCAACUCAGAGAAAGCAUCCAACUAUGCCGGAAGCAGCCGGUACGGGCGGUCAGAUUUCUUUUCGAAGGUGGGUUUGGAGAUGGGCAAUCCAUACAAGUAUGAAGUGACCAAGUUUCUCUACGCCACUUCUUCAAUAGACGUUCCAGAUGCUUUCAUAUUGAAGUCUUUAUCAAGGGAGGCUUGGUGUAAGGAAUCCAAUUGGAUAGGUUAUGUUGCUGUGGCCACUGAUGAAGGGAAGGAAGUUUUGGGAAGGAGAGAUAUUGUGGUUGCAUGGAGGGGAACGGUUCAGCCUUUGGAAUGGGCUAAUGACUUGAAUUUCAUAUUGGUCUCUGCUGAUCCUAUAUUUGGACAGGGUUCAGUUGAUGCUAAGGUGCAUCAGGGCUGGUACUCCAUGUAUACUUCCGAUGAUCCACGCUCCCAUUACAACCAGUCUAGUGCAAGAGCACAGGUAUUGGAUGAGGUGAGAAGACUAGUGGAAAAAUUCAAGGACGAAGAGAUCAGCAUAACUAUAACAGGCCAUAGCUUGGGAGCAGCACUUGCAACACUAAACGCAGUAGACAUAGUUGCCAAUGGAGUGAACAAGCCCAAAGAAGGCAAUGCCUGCCUAGUGACGGCUUUCGUUAUUGCCAGCCCUCAUGUUGGAGAUGCCAACUUCCAAAAGUUCUUCUCCGGAUUAGAUGAACUCCGACUGUUGCGCAUUCGCAACAACCCCGAUUUUGUCCCCAGCUACCCGCUCUUGGGCUAUUCUGAUGUUGGACAAGAACUACUGAUCGACACUCAGAAGUCUAAUUACUUGAAGAGUCCUGGCAAUUUUUCAAAUUGGCAUAACUUGCAAGCAUACUUGCAUGGUGUCGCUGGCACACAGGGGACCACAGGAGGGUUCAAGUUGGAAAUUGAUCUUGAUAUCGCACUUGUGAAUAUGUCUGCAGAUGAGUUGAAGGAUGAACAUCUUGUGCCUGUUUCAUGGUGGGCUGAGAAGAAUAAGGGGAUGGUUCAACUUGCUAAUGGUUCUUGGAUAUUAAUGGACCAUCAGGGAGACAUUGAUUUUGGGCUUUGAGUGUUCAUUUGAUAUGGUC